UCCAUCAUGAUGUCUCCAGAUGACCAGGUCCUGGAGGACCUGCUGUACGGCAGCGACCUCGGAGACAAGUCAGACGGAGUCCAAGAAGCAGUGGAGGAGGCUGCAACAGUAGAAAAUGUGAUGAUUAAACCUGAGUUCUACCUUUUAAUUCCUUCUGGCAUCUUUAUAUGUUUAGUGACAUUUGAGAUCUUUCAGGUACAAACAGCCGUGUCCAUCCAAGAGCCAAUAAUCUGUGCUGGGUGUGGCGAGCAGGUGUGCGACCGCUUCUUCCUAUUGGCCGCUGGGAGGGUGUGGCACAACGUGUGCCUUUGCUGUAGCCAGUGUCAGUGUGAGCUGCAGACUCACCCCUCGCUCUACUGGAGGGAUGGAAACAUCUACUGCCAGCAGGACUACUGCAGGAUCUUUGGAGGAGGUCAGUGUGCUCGCUGCUUCCAGCCGAUCCCACCCACCGCCAUGGUCAUGAGGUCUGGAGACUUGGCCUUCCAUCCUCACUGCUUCUCCUGCCAGGAAUGUGAUGUGAAACUAAUGCCGGGGAACCUUUACUGCAUGCAGGGCCCAAACCUGUACUGUCAGGCGCAUUAUCACGCUGAGGGGGGCAGCCUGGUGCCACAUGACUCCACACAGCCAGCCAUGAAAGAAGAGACAGGUCCUAUCCAGGUGUCAGGUGAAGGGGAGGAGUCUGGCAGCGGUCCAGAGACGCGACUGGAUGAGGCAGGACGGACCCGCAGGAGGACCAAGCGAAUCAGGACUUGUUUUCGCAGCGAGCAGCUGAGAGCGCUGGAGUCCUAUUUUGCUCAGAAACACAAUCCUGAUGGCAAAGAUUGGACCUGCCUCGCUCAUAAAACCGGCCUGCCCAAGAGAGUCCUGCAGGUCUGGUUUCAGAACGCUCGAGCCAAACUCAGACGAUCUCUCAACUCUGAAGACUCCCAGGCCAACUCUCCCUCUGGAGCUGUUGCUAUGGCGACAACCUCCUCAGUAACAACCUGUUCUCCGUCAAACCAGUCAGACCAUUUCCCUGCCAGCACUAUCGACCAGCUGCAGCUCUCCCUGCUCACUGCUCCACUCAGCGAGCCGUCUUCCUGCCCAGUCGUCGAUCAGUCAUCUUACCAGCUGCUGCAAAGCCCCUCGCUCUUCCCGGACUACUAUUCCCAGAGUGCACCAGGGUGUAUCGCGUCUCUGGAGGCCCAAGGAGACUUUGGGGAGGCAGAAGGAGGAUCAGAAAGGGAUAUUGAUACUUUCAGACCACAUCACAGCUAACUGAUGGUUCUGCAGCAACAAGUAGACUUUUUUAACCUAUAGGGUUAGUAGACAAUAUACAAAUUCAAACAUGGGGUUUUUGGUUCGAUGUCAACAUUGUAAUUUAAUUGAGAAAGCCAAAUUAAUUAUACGUAUUGUUCAACGGGUUUAAAAGUCAAAACUAAUAAACUAUGGAUGGUGGAACUGCCAUUGUGUUUUAUUCGAUUUGCAAAACUGACUGUUUUAGUGUGCUUUUUUUACUUUCAACGUUAUGUUUGCAACAAUAAAAAUGAAAGUUAUAAUAAAUCCUGUGGUGUAUCAGAAAAAGCAUGUUUCACUCAUCUGUUUUGUCCUUUUUCUUUUUAUUUUAUUAGUUUAGUUUAUUUCAAACAAAGAAAACAUACACAAUUUUUUUUAAAUACCACAAACAGAAAAGAUACAUAUCAUCAUCCCUUCUUCUGUGUUUGAAAAGGAGUAGGCUGAAGUGGAAACUUAUAUGUCCCUACCCCUUUAUACAAGUAAUUUUUACUUGUUUACUAAAUCUAACACAAAACCUACAUUAAAACAAACAAAAUGGUACAAGUCACCAAAAAAACUAAAACCACCAAACCAUAUGGAAAAAAACAAAAAAGAAAAAAAACACAUCUUUUUACAAUUGAUACAAUUUAUUUUUCCUUAGAAUAAAGGACACCCACAUAAAUCAUCGAUUUUCCACUAUAUACUUGUUCAGAAUAUGUUUUUUAUAAUUCAUUUUAAACACAUUUAUAUUUGUUCUUACUCUGAUUUCUUCUAAAUUAUUCCAUAAUUUAACCCCUAUUAUUGUGAUACACAUCUGUUUUAAUGUUGUUCUAAACUUAUGUAUCUUUGAGUUCAGUGUCCCUCUCAGGUUAUAUCCUCCUUCUCUCUCUGUGAACAGUUUCUGUAUUUUAUCAGGCAUUAAUUUAUUUCUUACUUUAUACAUUAUUUGUGCUGUUUUGUAUUUAACCAAGUCCUGGAACUUCAUUGUCCGCGUUUUAAUAAAAAGUUCAUUUGUGUGAUCCAAAUAUCCUGCAAUU